GAUUGUCGGGUUUUUGAGGAUUGAGAUGAAUCCAAGUAAUACAAGUUAUGAAAGCCUCCUCAAUGUUGUCUUUCUGGAUUAAAUUUUAUUUAGGACUAUUUACCAUCGUCUUUCCUUAUACUAUCGCCAUUUAUCUACUAUAAGAUUCGAAUUUCAUGUGAAAAUCAUCUAUAAGUGAAACUGUACACCCAAGUAGGUGGUCGUGGUUCCUACUUCUGGAAGAGCUCAUAUUGGUUUCACGUGUCCUAGUGUUCAUACAUUCCAGAAACCAAGGCUUGCCUAUGUUGGCCAUGACAUGUUGAAAAAACUCAUCUAUUUGAUUUUGAUUGAAAAAAUGGUUGUCGGAUUAAUAAAUGCCAAUCCUGUUGUGUAUGAGAAAAAGGAGCGUCGACCUCGUACUGGACCGGUUGUUUUGGAAGAUGAGUAUGCUGUGGAAUCUAUUGAUCAGUUGGAAAUUUUUGAUCAUAUUAGAGACAUAAAAGAUCCAGAGCAUCCAUAUUCUUUGGAAGAUUUGAAAGUGAUUACAGAAGAUGCAAUUGAGGUAGAUGACAAGCGAAGCUAUGUACGGGUGACAUUCACUCCUACAGUGGAACAUUGUAGUAUGGCAACAGUUAUUGGCCUUUGUUUGAGGGUGAAACUUAUGCGCAGCUUGCCUUCAAGAUACAAGGUGGAUAUUAGGGUUGCUCCUGGGACUCAUGCAACUGAAGCCGCAGUGAAUAAGCAGUUAAAUGAUAAAGAACGAGUAGCAGCAGCAUUGGAAAAUCCUAACCUUGUAGGCAUGGUUGAUGAUUGCCUUGCUCCAUCGUUUGAGUAAAACUUAGGAAUACUCAGCACAUGCUUAUAGAAAAAAACCGGAAUACUGCAGGCUCAGAACCUUUUGUAUCCUCCUGUGAUACUAUCCACCUCUUUCACGAUUUAGUUUGCUUUUCAGGUGUUAUGUUUAAUGUUUAUGGCAUUGGUAAUGCAUUGCGUAGUAGCCUAUGUUGUUUCAUUGGGUGGGAAGGAGAUCGGGUUCAAAUAAUGGUGCGAGCCAGUGUUGGGGGUCGUUGCUUGUACUGCACCAUACUUCAUGUAUUUAAUGUUAUAAAUAGAUUAAUACAUCCAUAAUUUGUUUUGGUAA